AUGACGAAGCGCAAUGUGAUCGAGGACUCGGACGACGAGGAGAACGCGGAAGCCACCCCGCCACACCCAUCAGCAACCGGGCUCUCAGACAUUACGUUGAGCACACUCGUCAGCCUCGACGGCUCUCCUUCGCACAAGAUACAGGACCAAUCUGCUGACCCAAGUACAAGCUCUACCGAGCUAUUUAAUCGUGAAUCGCGCGCUGCACAUAGAAGCCUCAUCGAGCCUACUCCCAAAAGCACACUUCCUGCGACUAGGGCACAUGAUGUUUCUUCACAGCAGACCCCUACCUCACCUACGACGUCGCGGCUGAAGACUAAAAGAUCGAAGACGAGCGUGGAGAAGCCGAAAGCUAAAAGACCGUUGAAGACGUACGGGAGAAGUAGUCAAGAUAUGUUUGAGUUCUAUGGCGGCAGCGAUGGAGAGCUCGAUUUGACGCCACGGAUCGAUCUGGGGCACAACGCUGGAAGGCGCGACAGGCAUGGGAAUUCAAAGAUCGCCGAGACCGUGGGCAGUCAAUCUGCUCAAGAUGAGAAGGUUACGAGAAGGCCGAUCACUUCGUCUGGCGGAGAUACAGAAAUGCUUAGUACUGAGCCCAAGCCGUACCAGAGCACUGAGCCAAAGCCGUACCAGAGCUCAAUGACAGGCGAUGUUCAUGUCUCUCUGCAAAGCUCAAUGCCCCCUCCGCCGUCUAAGAUGACCUCGUUCGAGCAAACGCAGUGGUCGGAAACAAGCACGGUGCCUACGAUCUCUAACCCAACGCCUCAAAACCCCACUAUGAGCAAUUCACUCCCUCCUGCAGGAGCAACGUGCUUUGAGACUCAUUCAGACGACCAAAUGCCAACUCCUACAAGAUCUUUGCGCGGUGCCGUCGAUGAUGGACGUUCCCCAGGCUUUGUGCAGAGCGGCAACCUUCAUCCAAUGCGCUCAAAGGAAGAGAUGAAAGCUACCGAUCUACAACCUAGGGAGGAGCCAGCACCAAGCUCAAGUGCUUCUGACAUUUCACCUAGCAAAACGAUUACUGUUAAAAGAACAAGUCAUACAAAAAAUGUCUCACAAGAGUCGAGCUUGCAUUUUGAUGAUGCGCAUCUUCGGCCACAGCUCGAAUCUGACACGUCGACAAGGGUCAAUCCUGUUGUGCUAUUGUCAGCGCCUCCGGACACUGGCGAAGGUCACGAUGAGCUUUCACUCUCCAUACCUGAGCAGCCCAUCAAGAGCCCGACUAAAUCAGCGAAAGGAUCCAAAAGGAAGAGGACCAACGAAGAAGGCGCUGUCGACCAGCUUGGCUCCGACGACAAUGCAAUAGGCGUUCCGAAAGAGCAGUACAAGCCACGGCCCAGUAAGCGAAGGUCUGGAAAUGGGGAUGUGGAACUCGUCGUCCCAACCGAUUUUUCGAAGAAGCCAGAAGCGACUGGAAAAGUCAAGCAUAAGACUAAACGACAUAAGACUACUGCUUUUCAGGAACUGCUACCUCAGGCAGAAGAUGAGGACGAAGAAGUCAAAUUGACACCUGAUCCCAGGUUUGAGAUUCCUGAGAAGAGAACGUCAAAGAUCUCCACCGGAAGAGAUGAGGCAGACGUGGACAGGAAAGAUGAUGCAGAGGAGAUCAGAGCCGAAGCCCAACCAGAGCCGAAGCCAGCGGCUAAAGCAACAGGCCAAAAGAAACGAGGCAGACCCAAGAAAGUCGUGACGAAUCUCUCGGAAGAAGACAUCGUGGACGAGGCAGAAGCCGAUGAUGAUCAAGAAGACGUUGAAGCAGAGGAGCCUGUCGUUUCAGCAACGGCCAAGAAGUCCCGAAAAAGGACGCAGACUAAAGGGACAUCGAAACCAAUCAUCGAAGAAGAGGAGCGCAACAAUGACGGUACUCCUGUGGCUAGAGACGACUCUGAAGAUCUGCCAGGCAAUAUUCUCAACGAGACUCAUGGCAACAUCAUCGCCUCAGAGCUUGCUACGAAGCCAUUGCCGGAAACGUCGCCAACGAAAGCCAACCCUCCACCGGAAACUCCUCGUAAAUCUGCAACGCCUGCACCAAAGGGACCAGACAAGCACAGCCCGAUCAGCAGCGGGAAAGUGGCGUACCGAGUUGGCCUGAGCAAGAGGGCGAGAAUUGCGCCGUUGUUGAGGAUUGUACGGAAGUGA